AGAGUCAACAUCCGCAGCAGCAGAGGACCCGCAGCUGCAGUCAGUGCGUCUGCGAGGUGCCGCUUAUAUUGCGGUCGUUGUGUUUGCGUUUCUCUGCGGUUAUUUGCGGAGGCCGGCUGUUGUGGUGUUUAAAAGUGGCAUGAGAGUUUGGAGCUUUUUUAUGGCGAAUGCCGCCUCAAUGGGACCCGGCUUUCAGAAGACAAACUUUUCAAUACCUGAAAGUUGACGUCGGCUGCAGCGUCAUGACGGGGCAGAGAACCAACUUAACAAAUAUUUAAAGUGGAGGAGUAGGAUACAAUUAUUUGAAGCGGACUCAGGACAGAAGCUGCUUUGUUUAUGCUUAGUUAAUUUUGUUCUUACGACUUGGUUGAGUUCCGUCAUUAAUUAUGGUGGGUGGAGGAGCUGCUGAUUUCGCCCCAUCAGCCGCUGUCAAGAUCUUUUCAGCAGGAACAGCUGGCUGUGUGGCCGACCUGGUCACGUUCCCCCUGGACACAGCCAAAGUCAGACUGCAGAUUCAAGGGGAAAACAAGGCUUUGGUUAAAGGCCAGAAGAUGCAAUACAGAGGUGUGUUCGGCACCCUUUUCACCAUGGUGAAGACAGAGGGCCCCAGGAGUCUGUACAGUGGACUGGUUGCAGGGCUGCAGAGACAGAUGAGUUUCGCCUCAGUCCGCAUCGGCCUGUACGACACCAUGAAGCAGUUCUACACCAGAGGGUCAGACAAUGCAGGAAUCGGGGCUCGGCUGCUGGCCGGCUGCACCACAGGGGCGAUGGCGGUGGCCUUUGCGCAGCCCACUGAUGUGGUGAAAAUCAGGUUCCAGGCUCAGGUCCGCCUUCCUGAGAGCGGCUCUGUGAAGAGAUACAGCAGCACGAUUGACGCCUACAGGACCAUCGGCAGACAAGAGGGCAUUAGAGGGCUCUGGAAAGGUUGUCUGCCAAAUAUAACGCGUAACGCCAUCGUAAACUGCUCCGAGCUGGUGACGUAUGACAUCAUCAAGGAGCUCAUCCUGAAGUAUGAUCUAAUGACAGACAACAUGCCGUGUCACUUCACAGCCGGCUUCGCAGCAGGUUUCUGCACCACCAUUGUAGCGUCUCCUGUGGAUGUGGUGAAAACGCGAUAUAUGAAUUCACCGCCCGGCCUGUACAGCGGUGCUUUAAACUGUGCCUUCACCAUGCUGGUGAAAGAGGGACCCACAGCUUUCUAUAAGGGAUUCAUGCCCUCAUUUCUUCGUCUGGGUUCCUGGAACAUUGUGAUGUUUAUGAGCUACGAGCAGAUUAAGAGGGCUGUCAUGAGAUUUCAACGGUACCGCGAGUCUCCGCUCUGACCUGUCUGACAGCUGGUUUGGAACUGGAUUAGGACUGUCUGUGCUUCAGAGAGACUGUGUGGUUAUGACUGCUGCUCCACUGUACAUGUUCCUCCUCAGGGAUUAAACUGCACGUGCGUCCUGUUAAGAAGCCACACUCAAAAGAAAAAACUGCAGGGAUGAUGAACUGAAUGGUGAAUGUCUUGCACACGUUAUUUGAAUACAUUUUUUUUCUAUAAUAUAUUUUAAUUGGCCUUUUUCACAGAAGAAAAGCAUAGGUUUAAAAAAGAAAAAUCUUGGCUGAACUGCAUUCAGCUUCUUCUGUUUCAGGGCCCUGCUGACUUGCUGUCACACUCUCCUGCUUUACUUGGACACUUAAAUAGAACUGAGCCAUUGUUAAUGUUAUUAGUAACACAUUUCCUACAGUUACAAGUCAAAAUGUCAGCUAAGAAAAAGGCCAAUUUACAGAGUAAAGUCUGGUGUAGACGGGAACACAGCAGGUCCAGGAGCCUUAACAUCUGUGAAUUACUGUAAAUUGGGUAUCACUGGAAAACUGAGACUCCUGUGGAUUCAAUGAGCCCAACCUUAUUCAUGUGUGAUGAUGUCAGUCCCUAUAGUAGCCAUUUCUUUGUAGUGAGAGCAUUAUUAUUUUUUAAACUUGACCUCAUCAUAUAAAAUAACCUGUUGUGACCUCCAGGAUAAUCACAGCCUCAUCAAGCUUUACAACCACAAAGAAGAGACUUGGAGCAUUCAGAUGGUUUCCUAGGUUUUUUGACAAUAAGGGGGAUUCUUAACUGAACAGUAGAUCUCACCAUCCAAUUGCAGAAAAAUGCAAUUCUUGCCAAAGUUUUUUUAAUACUCAUUUUAUACACUAUGUUGUUCCUCAGGGGUGUUGGUAUCUUAAUGUGGUAUUUUGGAGGGAUUUUUGACAAUGUUUUUACCAAUUCUCAAGUAAAAAGUAAAGUAAAAAUUCUCACCAAAUCUGUGUAACAAAUUCCAUCAAACCAAAAAUUGCUGCAACAACUUAACGUAAAAAGCAUGGGAAUUAACUUCAUGUACUCGUAUUACAAUGUUCUGGGUCCUUAUACACUUUAAUCCUCUGCAAUAAAUGAAUGUUAAAUACUAUAGA